AAUUACUUGCUAACUGCAUAAAUACCUGUUUUUGUACCAGCACCAAGUUUUGGUUGUAAAUAAAUUCAUUCUUAUAGGAACAAUUAAAUCUGCACAAAUAGGAACUGUACUUAGUACUGGUGUCCGAUUGUUGGCAAUAAAGACUUUCGCAAUUUUUAUUUUCUUCAGCUCAAAAGUCUGCAACAUAAAUACUCAAAAACUCUGAUUGACAUUUGAUUUUUUAAAUCAAAAUUAUGAAAGGCCAUAUGAACUAAAGAAGAUUAUUGAAACCUUUAAAUCAAAACUAAUUAUUGUACUGUACUGUGUACACGGAACUCUUAACUUGUUCUAAGACUGUGAUGUUAAAGACCAAGAGCUACAACGCUACCGGUUUACUGUAUUUACUAGUAUGAGCUUAAAUAAGUUUUCAAUUUUUCAGACACUAGAAAUGAAUUUGGCCUUGCUAGAGAGCUUUGGCCAAAACUAUCCAGAGGAGUUUGAUGGGUCCCUGGAUUGUAUUUCUAUGGCUGUUACAUGUCAGUUUAACAGAUUCGGUACGUUGUUCGCUGUUGGUUGCAAUGAUGGUAGGAUUGUAAUCUGGGAUUUUUUAACUCGAGGAAUAGCUAAAAUUAUACCAGCCCACGUGCACCCUGUUUGCUCAAUCAGCUGGUGUAGAAACGGAUCUAAGCUCUCUUCCGCCUCGACGGAUAAUACAGUUUCGGUCUGGGACGUACUAACGGGAGAAUGUGAUUAUAGGUUUCGGUUUCCCAGUCCUGUGUUACGGGUUCAAUUUAAUCCUCGGAACGCCAAUGAGCUCCUCGUGGUUCCAAUGCGCCAUGCCGCGGUUAUUGUAAAUUUAGACGGAGGGCACAAACUCGUUCCGAUGGAAGACGACACAGAUCUAACCAUUUACGCAUGCUAUGACAGGCGUGGAAAAUAUAUAUUUACCGGAAACUCUAAAGGAAAGAUUCUUGUUGUUGAUGCAACAACCUUAGAACAGAAAACAUGCUUUAGAGUCACUCAAACAGCAGCUGCUAAUAAUGCAGUCAAGGGAAUAGAGUUCGCUAGACGCACAGAGAGUUUUCUUGUCAAUACAGCCGACAGAGUUAUCAGAGUUUAUAAUACAAAGGAUGUUCUUGAAUCCAGCUCCGGGAAGGACCCGGAACCUUUACAGAAACUUCAGGACCUUGUAAAUAAAACAAUGUGGAAAAAAUGCUGCUUUUCAGGGGACGGAGAAUAUGUGUGCGCGGGAUCUGCGCGUCAGCAUGCGUUGUAUAUCUGGGAGAAGUCCCUGGGGAACCUCGUGAAGAUCCUGCACGGGACAAAGGGAGAGAUGCUGCUGGAUGUAGUCUGGCAUCCUGUCAGACCAAUAGUUGCAAGUAUAUCAAGUGGAGUAAUCAGUGUGUGGGCCCAGCAGCAGGUUGAGAACUGGUCAGCCUUCGCCCCCGACUUUAAGGAGCUCGACGAGAACGUUGACUACGAGGAGAGGGAGUCCGAGUUCGAUAUUGAGGAUGAGGACCGGAGUGUGAAGGAGGACCCCGAGGAGUUGGAUCUAGACUGCGACGUAGAUGUAUCCAACAAGGUUUCUAUCCCCGCCCUCUGUAGUAGUGACGAGGAGAGUGAAGACCAUUCAGCUAUUCUCUAUCUACCGAUGGCUCCAGAGGUUGAGGAGCCGGAGGACGGAUAUAUACCUAACCCUGAGAAUGAGGAAACCAACAAGAGAUCAAGUUCAGAUCAUAAAGAGAACUCAUCGCCAAAGAAGAAAAGAACGAAAACAACGGAUAUCGCACUAGAGAAUGCUCCUUCAGAUGAGGUUCAUCCUAUGCUGGCCAAAGGAGCUUCAAGGGAUAAAUCCUCAAAGAAACCACAGGGACGUCCUCCAAGCAAAGAUAAAGGAAAAUCCAAAGGAAAAUAGUCCCUACCCCACAGUACUUCCUUAUAAAUUCGGCAUUUAUUCUUCAAUAGUUUUCAAUGUACUCAUUACUCUAUAUUAAACCUAGUACAAAUACAAACUAUAGAAACAUUCACAAAAAUCAAAAUUACACAUUUUGAAGAACGCAGCAAAAUUUUUAGUAUUCAAAGGAAUAUUUAUGUAAUGUAAAUACAAGGAGAAAACUAACAAAAUUGUAUUUGUCUUGUUAAACAUAUAAUUAUCUCUUUUCCUUCAUUUUUUAACCUUUAGUAAUUAUUUUGAGGCUCCAUACUCUAGCAUUGUAAACUACUCUAGCAUUGUAAACUAUAUUUUGAUUAGAAUUAUGCAGACACAGACAUUUUUUUUGAGAAUUUGUAUUUCUAUUACACCAGAAAAUGUUAUUAACGAAUCUGGAAAUCUUUUUACUUUUCGUUAAUGUAACAUACAGAAUCCACAUGCAACCUUGGAUGAAAAAAAUAUGAUGCAAAACUGGGGAAAUAUCCCUUACUUAAGUAUAUUUUUCUUUUUUAUUCGUUCCUUUCCAUAAAACCAAAAUCACACCUCCCCCCCCCCUGUCUCAAAGCCUAUUAGGAAAGCCAAGAUUUAUAUGAUUUUUAAGAUAUACGAGUUAAUUAUUGUAAAACGGUCGAAGGAAA